AUGAUUUUCAUCAAUAAACUCAUUCAAACAUUGAAUACAAAAGCAGAUGUUUUGGUCAAACUUGUUGGUCCCAAACUACGCACAAAGACGGGAGCUGCCAGCAUCAGUACUGCUGUAGCCUUGGCUUUGCUGUAUACUGCAAUUAAGAAAUACAUGAGGCCACCAAAGGAAUUGAGACACUUGGCUACUGUCCCUUACUUUGAUUUCCUUAGCUACGCUUUCAGAGACGAAUUAUUUGAAAAUUAUUCCAAAGACAAGGUGAUGCCCUUGUUCAAGCAGGGCGCUAACGGCGUCUAUGUGAGACCCAAUGUCAUCGGGUGGAAUGUUGAGCUUGCCAAUCCCCUUAUUGUCAAGCAUGUCUUGUUGAAGCCAGAAACUACUUUUCCCAAGGCAACCAUGGAUCUCGGUGCCUCAGGAACAUUGAUUCACCAAUUUCUCGGUGGUCCUAGCAUGGUCUUUCUCAGCGGUGCUGAUUGGAGAAGGCACAAGAAGAUUGCUAAUCCUGCCUUCCAAAGGUCAAUGCCUGUGAAAACCUUUGGCAAUCUGACCAUCAAGAUGUUCAAGACCAUGGAAAGCUACGAUACCAAUACAAUUGAUGUCCUUGAUCUCUUUGAGAGAUUGACUCUGGAUGCCAUUGGGCUUGCUGGUUUUGAUUUUGAUUUCAAUGCUCUUGGUGACAAGAACAACAAGUGGGUGCACUAUUAUGAUUCCAUCAAGAUUGGCAUGGCAAACCCUUUCUUUAUGAUCUUCCCUGCCUUUGAUACCAAAUGGGUGCACUGGUUCAAAAAGAGACAACAAGUGCAUGAUAACAUGGCUAAAUUUAAAGAGAAUUUAGACAAUAUCAUCACCGAAAAGAGAGCUCUUGUGGCCAAGAACAUGAGUGAUGGCCUGGAAUCUGAGAAAGAUCUGCUUACAUUGAUGAUUGAGAGCGAAAUGAGUCUUGGUGGCGAGACCAUGUCCAAUGAAGAAUUGCGUAGUAAUCUCUAUUUGUUUAUGCUUGCUGGACACGACACAUCGAGCAACACAUUGGCCUUUACACUGUACGAACUAGCACAAAAUCCUGAGAUUCAAAAGAGAGCCCGAGAAGAGGUCAUUCGAAUUCUAGGAGAUAGCCCUGAAGAUACCAUUCCUACCUUGGAGCAAACCAAGCAAUUGACCUAUGUCAACAUGAUCAUGAAGGAGACCAUGCGAAGACAUCCACCUGCCUACAAUACCACUGCUCGUGUAGCUACUGAAGACAUCAAUAUGGCUGGUAUACACAUUCCAAAGGGAACUGAAAUGUGUCUUGAUAUCUACAACUUGCACCACAACCCUGAUGUCUGGAUGGACCCUUACAAAUUUGAUCCUGAAAGAUUCGCUCCUGGCGGUGAAGCUGACAACCAACAAGGCAUUGCUUGGGCACCUUUCUCUAAUGGCGCUCGUCAAUGUAUUGGUAUGAACUUUAGCUUGGUUGAACAACGUGUUGUUCUUUCCAUGUUGUUGAAAAAAUACACUUGGACAUUGCCGGCUAAUUCACCUCACAAAGACACCUUGCAGAACAGAGGUAUUGCUUGGGGCUUGGUCAUUACCAAAGACAAGCUUGACCUGAUCUUUGAAAAGAGAUACUAA